AGAGCCAUUUAUAUAACCUAUACGCGUUUCUCGGUUUUUCUACACACGUAUCAUCAUACACAUUCAUACCAAACUCAAACAAUGUCGACUCUCUGUGUGCCGUCACAAGUUCCAUCUGUGGCCGAAGACUGCGAACAACUCCACAAAGCAUUUUCAGGAUGGGGAACCAACGAGGACUUGAUCAUAUCGAUUUUGGGCCACAGAAAUGCCACCCAGCGCAAGUUGAUUAGGCAAGUCUAUGCAGAGACGUAUGGAGAAGACCUGCUCAAAGCACUGGACAAGGAACUUACAAAUGAUUUUGAGAGGGUUGUGUUGCUGUGGACCCUCGACCCUCCAGAGCGUGAUGCAUACUUGGCUAAUGAAGCUACAAAGAAAUGGACAUCAAGCAAUCAAGUCCUUGUGGAGAUAGCUUGUACUAGGUCUCCAAAAGAACUGCUGCUUGCACGGGAAGCUUAUCAUGCUCGUUUUAAGAAAUCACUUGAGGAGGAUGUGGCUUAUCACACAUCUGGAGACUUCCGCAAGCUUUUGGUCCCACUCGUGAGUUCAUAUCGUUAUUCGGGGGACGAGGUGAACUUGACUCUUGCAAAAACUGAAGCUAAGCUUCUGCAUGAGAAAAUCUCGGAGAAGGCGUACAGCUGCGAUGAUGUCAUUAGGAUUUUGACCACAAGGAGUAAAGCACAAAUCAAUGCAACGUUGAACCAAUACAAAAAUGAAUUUGGAAAUGAUAUAAACAAGGAUUUGAAAGCCGACCCUAAGGAUGAGUUCCUGGAUAUACUGAGAGCCACAGUGAAGUGUUUGGUCUGCCCUGAGAAAUACUUUGAAAAGGUUCUUCGUCUAGCAAUUAACAGGCGAGGGACGGAUGAAGGAGCCCUCACAAGAGUUGUCGCCACAAGGGCCGAGGUCGACCUGAAGAUCAUUAAAGAUGAGUAUCACAAGAGGAACAGUGUGCCACUUGAUCGCGCCAUUGCCAAGGACACCACCGGAGACUAUGAAAAGAUGCUCUUGGCCCUGAUCGGCCAUGAGGAAGCUUGAGAUGUACCGCCGGCUGUAUGUUUUUUGCGCUCACGGCUAUAGUCCCGUUUUACUAUCUUGAAAUUUCGGACUUCUAUUAAGCUAUUACGAGUCUAUGUUGUGUUUCUGUGGCCUUAAUGUGAACUCAAUUAUGUGCCUCUUGUAGAGCAACAGAUUGAAUAAUCCGGAGGUACUAUAAAUAACAUUAUCCGUAUUUCUGUUUUGAGUGCUAAAGAUUGGAGAACUUGAAGUUAUUUGCA